UGCCCCAUCGUUGGUGUCAGUGGGGGGAGGAAUAGUGCCCCAUCGUUGGUGUCAGUGGGGGGAGGAAUAGUGCCCCAUCGUUGGUGUCAGUGGGGGGAGGAAAUACUGCCCCAUCGUUGGUGUCAGUGGGGGGAGGAAUACUGCCCCAUCGUUGGUGUCAGUGGGGGGAGGAAU